AACUCCCAUUUCCAGAUGAACUCGCUGCACAAUUAAUCACUCGACCAUUUUCGUCCAUGACUGGUCUCGGCAUUGGGAUUGCUAGUCUCAGCAUUAACACCACAAGAAUCAGACACCCAAACAUCCAGUUUUCUGAGCUCACACCAAAACCCAUCAAAAUCCCAUUUCACUCAUCUCUUUUCCUCACAAAGUUACCAACUAACGAGCCUAAAACCCUCACUCUUCGACCCAGUUCUGUUUCCGAGAGCUCAGUAUCAUCAUCAAUAGGAGCCGAAUCCCUCGAUGAUGUUGAUGAUGACCCAACUGCAGAAUUGAGUUAUCUCGACCCCGAAACUGAUCCAGAGAGCAUUACAGAAUGGGAAUUGGAUUUUUGUUCUAGACCUAUUCUUGAUAUUAGAGGGAAGAAGAUUUGGGAGCUUGUAGCUUGUGAUAGCUCUUUGUCCCUCCAGUAUACCAAGUACUUCCCUAACAAUGUUAUUAACAGUGUUACUUUGAAGGAUGCAAUUGUGUCCAUUUGUGAUGAAUUGGAUGUGCCUUUACCUGAUAAAGUUAGAUUCUUCAGGUCACAAAUGCAGACAAUCAUUACUAAAGCAUGCAAAGAGCUUGGUAUAAAACCGAUUCCUAGCAAACGGUGUUUGUCUCUCCUUCUCUGGCUGGGAGAACGGUAUGAAACAGUAUAUACACGACAUCCUGGUUUCCAGAAAGGAUCCAAGCCUCUCCUUGCACUUGAUAACCCGUUCCCAAUGGAUCUUCCUGAUAGUUUGUAUGGGGAAAAAUGGGCUUUUGUUCAGUUGCCUUUUUCAGACGUUAAAAGGGAGCUAUUAUCACAAGAAAAAUCAUUUGCCUUCGGUGCAACUUUGGAUUUGGAUCUAUUGGGGAUCGAAAUGGAUGACGAGACGUUGAUUCCUGGACUGGCUGUGGCAUCUUCACGUGCUAGGCCAUUGGCAGGUGUGUACAUAAUUCACAGCAAGCUUGGAUGAACGGGUUAGAAGUCUGUUCGGUUGAAGCUGACUUAGCUCGUGCUAACCUGGUUCUAUCUGUCGGGAUUUCCACCUGUUAUGUUUAUGCCUCGUAUAAGAAAUCAUCGGUGACUACAUCCGAGGCUGAAGCUUGGGAAGCAGCAAAGAAGGCCAGCGGAGGUUUGCAUUUCUUAGCAAUCCAAGAUACAUUGGAUUCGGAUAAUUGCGUCGGGUUUUGGCUGUUAUUGGACUUGCCGCCAUCACCUGUUUAAGUAAAAUUCGGGUAUAUAUGUGGUUGUAUAUUGAUGUUACCACAAGGGGUCGAAAAUGGUCGACUUUGAAUCAGAUCAUGUGUUGUACUUGGGCACUUUUAUCAUCACAUAGCAUUAGUAUGAUCCAAUAUUUUCUUAAUACAAUGACAUAUUCCAAAUUUCCAAUCAAUCACUUGGAGUCAA